UUGAUAAUUAAUCAGCUGCAGCAGGUCGAUGCGGUGUAUGUCGUCCUGUGCAAGUGAGUGCCGAAAAUACAUUUAAAAAAAUGUAUACGAAAAAUUGACAAAGACAAAGAAAAAGAAGUCAACCGUAAAUUUUGUGUACAUAUGGCUUGUUCAUUCACAAUCUCAACAACUUGAUAUAUUUUCUAGGAAAGAUUCUCAAUUGAACAACGUAUAAUGGAGUCGGUGAAGCGUGGAAGCUCAACAAUUGACUGGUGCGAAAGCAAUUAUAGCAUUUUACCUGGAAUUGCAGAAUUCUAUAAUACAGUUAGCAAUGUCUUCUUUUUUCUGUUUCCACCGUUACUAUGGUACUUGUAUCGUCAGUAUUCUCGCCAAGUGAACAACAGCAUCAACAUCAUGUGGCUGCUAUUUGUGGCAGUUGGGGUGUCGUCCGUUUAUUUUCAUGCAACACUGAGUUUAGUAGGCCAGCUACUUGACGAACUUAGCAUAAUAUGGGUUGUAAUGUGUGGUGUUGCUAUGUGGUAUCCAAGGAGAUUUUAUCCGAAACUUCUAAAAGGGAAUAGGAGGAAGUUCAAGUUAAUGGUCUUUAUUUUCACAAUGACAAGCAACGUAAUGGCUUGUAUUAAGCCAGCGUUGAACUCAUUCUUCAUGAUGCCUUUUGUUUUUCCGUGCAUUGUAGUACUCUAUCUUGAGAUGAAAAGAAUUAAUUGUUUGAGGAUCAAGCGUCUAGGGGUCAGCUGUGCAAGUCUUUGGAUCAUUGCUAUUGCAUGCUGGGUAAAUGAUAAAGUAUUCUGUGAGAUGUGGCAGUCACUGUCGUUUCCAUACCUACACUGUUUCUGGCAUCUGCUAGUUUUUAUAUCGGCAUACACAUCUGUUGUUCUCUUCUCGUAUUUCGAUGCAAUGAACGAGUGUCCAGAGAUGGGACCCGUACUUAAGUAUUGGCCUAAAGACUCAUGGGAAUAUGUUGGUAUCCCAUAUGUUACGCUUAGGUGUGCUGGUUUGAAACCAAAAGAUUAGAAACUCAGGGAGAGUGUGUGCUUUUUUUUAGUGCUAAGAUGUCUGUGCAAUCCUAUUUAUGUUAAAAAGAUAAAUAAAAACAUGACAUUAAACUCAUUUAUGCAACUCUUAUUCAAAUACUUUAGAUUAUUUAAAUUAUUAAGAUAAUUUUAGAGCUAAAUUACACACUGGUUGUGUUUAUUCCUGGGUAACUAAUUUGUUAAUUAGUUUCUUGGUUUCAUUUGUAAUCUAAUGCAAUGUCCUAAAUUGUUCCUAAUAUUUUUAGUAAUUAGUAUUAAAUAUGUAUUUAUGUCACUAUAUAUUCAAAAUAUCUAGUGUUAAUAAAAUAAUAUAUUGUAUGACAAUGAUUGAUUGAUUUAUUAAUAUUAUUUAAUUAUUUUAAUAACAACACACAGUCGUAUUACUACUGCCAUAACGCCUGAUGAAUAAACAGCAUAAGAAGUGUCGUCAAUGUUUAUUAUUAUUUUUACUACUGCUAGAUAAUAAUGCCUUUCUUAGCUUCAACUGUGCAUGUCUACUGUAUGUCGAAAGUCAGUACUAUUAGACAAACAAUUUGUAAGAGGUUUGCCAUCCCAAAAUAAGCAUGAGUGACCAAAAAAAUAAAAAUUGAUGGGUCAUUUGCUGGAAUCGACUUUACUAUUGCCAGAGUUAUGAGUAAAAAUAUUGCGGCUUAAAGUAUACAACACUGCCACAUUUUUAUGCUAAUUACUCAGUUAACAAAUAGCGGCAAUAAACUAGUUUUGGAAUGGCAAGUCUCUGUAAUUGUAAUAACUAUCAUGCGUGUAAUACGGGUAUGGUGAGUGUAAACUGAUUUAAUAUUUGUAUGCUUUUAUUAUUCAACAGUUAUUGAAGAUGUGUUAUUAAGUGUUCUAAUAUACAUAACAGAAAAUCAACAACUGGUAAUAAUGAUGAUUGAUAAAGCGUUAGAUAGUAUGAACAUUAUAUUAACGUCACUUGGACUUUGACAUUGUCAUGCGGUGUUGAAACUACCAGAGGUCUUAAGCUCUGUCCAGACUAUCAAAUUUUAUUUGACAACGUGCAACAUGCCUAAAUAUGGUCAUGAUGACAUCACAUCAUGACCAUAUAUAGGCACAUCAUGACUAUAUUUGGGCAUACAACAGUUUCUUGUCAAAUAGAAUUUGAUAAUCUGUACAGGACUUCCUUGUUCUUAACAGAAAUUGUUUGAUUUGUUAACUCACUUUGGGCUCAAAAUGUUUGUAUUUGUAUUUUAGAUGAAUAUAAACCUACUUGUACAUAAUUGUAUGCAGAUUUUAAAAUGUAAAGGUUGUAUAGAAUAUUAGUCUAUUAUAAGUGAGUUUGAAACAAAUUAAUGAUGAAAGCGAUGCAAUUACUAGUGAUUCAGUAUAGGGAUAGAAAAGGAUGGAAUGACAAGAGGGUAUUAUUUAACACAUUAAGGUUACAGUUGUGCAAUAUAAAUAAUACCCUCUUGGCCUUUCAUUCAAAGUACAGGGAAGAAGUUUGCAUGAUGUUGUAAUGUAAUAGGAAAUAUUAAGAUAUAACAAAGUUGUUGUGUAACACAUGUUUAUACAUGGUUCACCUUUAUAGUACAAUUUACUAAUUCUACUACAUGUACUAUACAUGUGUUAUAUAGUAUGUUUUACCUUUUCAUUAGUGUAUUGCCCAACCAAAGUUCAUUGUUGAAAGUUGUUUUACCUCUGCAAAUUAGAAUUGUAAAUAGAAAAAAUUAACCAAAUUGUGGACUAAAUUUUACCCAACGUUAUUCUAAUGUUACAAAAUUGAAUACUGAAUGUUAGAUUGGAUUUGACCAAAUAUCAAUAGUCUUUCUCUAUGGUGGACACAUCUUUUAGCUUGGAAUGAAUAUGGAGUCAAAUUUAAAAGUGUGCUCGAAAAGUGUCAGUUAUAGAAAAAAGCUACAUUUAAUGAUGAUGAGCCCACGUGCCACAUUGGGUCAAAGGGGGAUCAAUGAUUUUUUUUUUGCAUGGAGGGUGGUGGGGGGAGUGUAAGUGACAAUAGGAGUCAACCAAAUGGUCUGAAGGGGUGAGUCCAAGUGACAGGUUGAGGUUGUUUCUUUACUUAUUUAGGGGUCCAGGGGUCCUGUUCCCCAUGGAAACUUCAGGUUUUUGCUGUCAAAUUAUCUAAAAUUUGGUCAGGGAUUUUUUUUUCUGCUGAUGCCAGAAGGCAAGGGCCCCUUUCACCGCCACCUGGAUCAGCUACUUUACCCCUAUGAUGAUUUGGUAAUCAUAAGUAAGUAACAAUCCCUUACCCCCUCCCUCCCCACUUCUCAUUGUGCCAGAUCUUUACCAUAUUUGGAAUUUCAGUGCAUGGUACUGGUUGGCCUAUUACUGUUGGUGGUUUUGGGGUUAAUGUUUUUUUUUUUAGUGAACUUUGUUUGAACUUGUUAUGCUAGACAGAAUGCUUUUUGGCAGGAAAUAAUUGCUUAUGUCAUGCAGACAAGUGUGGUAUAUUUGAUCCCUUUAAUGAGAGUAGAAUGUAGGUGGAAACUUAUACAAGUAGGGUAGGAUCUCCUCAAAAUGAGGAUUACAUUAAGGUGUUUUAGUGUUACCUGUUAUGCAGACACAAAGGUGUCACAUUAGUUAUGGUGCUUAGCCUCUUUUUGGCAUUGAUUUUUUUCCAAAGAGUUUUCUGCUAUUCUCCGUAAAGUUAUAGUAUAAAUAUAUGUGGUAUUCCAAAAGAAAGCAAUAUACUUUUUUAUCGCAUCUAAAAAAAUACCAUGGAUAUUGUUCCAACAUGUGGUGUAGUGCAUUAAGAUAUUAAGACUGAAGUUUAUGGUUAGGGUCAAACCAGCUUCACCAAUCAACGCCUCAGAAUUGUGUAAAAUUCUCGGAACGAUAUCACCCUGGUAAAAGUACCGAGCUUGUAGUAGAGCUGAAAACUGUGAUACUUACAUCACAACUUAAGCCUUUUCCAGAUUAUCAAAUU